AUGGAUAACUUAAAUAGUAACCAGAUAAAUACUCAGAACAACACCACUGUUGAGUUCUUCUUAUCUUCAGAGUAAUAAAGAAUCAUAAAUGAAUUGCUCCCAAAGGGAUACUCUCUCUAGUUCGCUUCCAAGCCAGCCAGAUCUAAAUCAGGCAGCUUUACCAAAACUAUUGCUUAAUUUGGUCGUUAAAAUGAUGGAUAAUUAAGAAACUCAAACGGCUAAUUCGCUCCUUCCUCUAAAGCUUCUAAAAAAUAUGGAACAGGAAAGUUAGCAUCAUAGGAAGGAUAUGCUGUCCCUUCGUUAAGCUACUAAGGAAUUAAUUAAGCAGCUUAUCCUCCUAUGCAAGGAAACGGAUCAAAUUAAAAUAACAAUGGAAUGAAUACUCCUCAAUUAAAUAGUUAAUCUUCUUAAAUUUAGGGCUAAUAUAACUAAAUCCCUAACUUGAAUUAAAGCUAAUCUCAAGUCAACUAAUAAUCUGGUUUAAAUCAGCAAUACUCUCAAAACAAUAAUUAACUUGGAUAUUAACAGUAAUAGCAAAUUUAGCAAUAAGCAUAAAUGAAUUAAGGAGUAUAGAUGAACAAUAUGCAAAUGUAGUAGUAAUAAAUGAACUAAGGAGGAGCCAUGUAUGGUCAAAACCAAAAUAAUGACUAUUAUCAAAUGCAAUAAUAGAAUUCCUCUUAGUAUUAAACUUCAGAUCAAAUUCGUAUGAAUUAAUAAAUGUAAUAACCAGAUAUUUACAACUAACACUUAAUCCACAUGAAGCCUACUGGUUAACGUAAGAACACUGUCAGCAAACCUCGCAAAGAAAAAAAACUCAAGCAAAAUGAAAAAGCUCAAAAAUUAAAUAAAAGAAAGAGCGAUGCAAGUCUUGCUGCUAAAGUCUCAAAGAAGUAAAGAGCUCUUAUGGCUGCUGUUGGAAAUGAAGAAAUCAGCUAUGGAGGUAUGCAUCCUGUAGAAUAAAAGAAGUGCUUACACAUUCUACACUCUCUACAAAAGCACAAAUCUUCAAAGCCUUUCUUGAAACCAGUUGACCCAAUAAAAGAAGGAUGUCCUGAUUAUUACAUGGUUAUCCGCGAACCAAUGGAUUUAUCUACUGUUGAAAAAAAUCUGAAAGCUCAUCUAUACUAAUCCCCAACAUAAUUUGCUGCUGAUAUCCACAAGAUUUGGAAAAAUAGCUUUAUUUACAACAAUCGUGACUCUUAAAUAUAUAACAUGACUCUUGAAAUGGAAAAAUAUUUCAGCAGAAAGUUCAAAGAAAUUGAAACUAACUUGUAUACCAAGACUGAUGGAAGAACUUCUACAACUGACAUCAUUUAGGCAUUAACAGGCUUCUUAACCUAGAACUAAAAAGGUACAAAGAAAAACAAAAUAGCUGGUCUUUAACCUAUCCAAGUCCCCCUAACAUCAGCUCCUUAACCCACCAAAAAGACUAAAAAUCCUACCUCAAAAAUGGAUAUUCCCAUGACAAUGUAAGAAAAAAAGAAUCUCGGACAAAACAUUUUAUUACUCCCACCUGAAUGUUUACGUGGAGUUUGGGAGAUUGUAUAAUCUGAUGGAAACUAGCAGUAUGACGACAAAAUACUCACCUUUGACAUUGAUGCUCUAUCAGUUCGUAAAACUCGUGAAUUAGAAUAGUAUGUCAAGCAAAACAUGGCUGCCAACAACAAAAGACUCUCCAAGAAGUAAGCAAAAAUCCAAGAAAAGUCCAUGAAUGCUGACUAAAAGCUUAUCUAAAAUUCAACAUUCGGUUAAGAUGACGAAACUGCAGCUACUCAUCAUGAAACAGUUAUUGUUUAAGAUAUGACUUAGAGCACAAUUCAGCACACACAAUAGUAUCAAGUUCCUAUGCACCCAAGCUAAUAUCAAAUGGAGCAAAUGCACACCUAAACCAUUGGAUCUUAUGGAAAUGGAUAGACAGAGUAUGCCUAACAUCAACAUGAUAUGAAUUAGGGAAUGGAUGAAUAAGGAGAUAUCAACGAUAUAGAUUCAGACUCAUCUAACAUUAGUGACAAUGACAGUGACAGUCAAUUCAAUUGA